UCUCGUAAUUCGAGAAAAUAACUGGGUGUCAUUUUUAGGUCUGAAGUUUUGUAUGAGUAAAUAAGAGAACAAUCCCAUGUCCUUUCACCGAGCGGGCGCAGCUGCAGGUGCAGCCGCGUAGAAGCGGCUCCUGUCCUUUCAUAGGGCGUCUUUUCACAUCUUAUCUUCCGCCUCCACGUCGAGUACGACGGGAGCUUAUACAUCAUCAUGCCGUCUGCUCAGCCAAAGCCUCAGGCAGCUGCGAUCGCAGCCGCGGGUGGUAGCAUGGAGCGCAUACGAACAACGCUCGGGGACCAAAAAGCCGUCACAAAACUGUUGAAGAACAAAAAUGGCUGGGGAGAAUUCACCAAGACGAUUUUGGAUGAGCUUGCGGGCAAGGACGCCGCCACGCAGAAGCAAAUAAAAGAACUGAAAAAGGAGGUGGAAAAAGGAAAACAAGAGGUAAUUGGUUUCCGUUUCAUUAUAGAUGUUACUCCCUUUUUCGACACUUGUUUUCACUUACGGCGGUUACUUACCUAAAAUUCAGUAUUUUUAUAUGAUGAACAUUCAGAUCACCAUCGACGAUCAUCAUUGAUUACAACUUCUAGAGUAUGAUCUCACACUCUCACUUGUCAUAGUACGUCAAGACGCAGAAGGAACUGGCGAAGGAAAAGCAGGAUCUCUUGGAUGAUUUCCAGAACGCACGAAAAGAGAAGGCCGUGGUAGAGGAGCAGAUCUCGGCCCUCGAAGAGGAAAUCUCAUCCUCUAAAGAGCAGAUCGAAUUUCUCACGAAGGAGUUAGCUGAGGCGGAAUCGAAAUUCAGCAAGUACUUGAAAUGACAUUCUAGGACAAGUAGAAAUAGAACACGUAAUAUAUAAAAGUAGGCGUAGAUCUAUGGAAGAAAAAUCUGUACUCAUUCUCGGAAACGAGAUUCAAAAAUUUUUCGCGUGUUGAGAUUUCGUCGCUUGGCUGGCCACUCACAACCGGCGCCGGGCGCAAUCCAUACGGCGAGGGGACAGGCGUGGCACGGGAAACCCAGGACACAAGCCAGCCCAAGAACAAGGGCGCCAGGCGCUCACUUCCUGCGGCUCCGGCGCCAAGCCAUUACCUUGCUGCCCUUGGGAGUCACACUCACACGCGCACACGCGCGGCGGGUGCCACUGUUCAUGUGCGUCGCAUGUGACGGGGCACACGCUAGACAGCUCGUAGCGAUGCUAUGCCAAGCCCAAGAGAAACGGGGCCCACUCCUGGAGUAGUCAAGAGAAGAACCACGCAGACAGCGCCUCUUCGAGGGCUGCGCACAGCGGUGACGCUGCGUGACCCUCUUGGGGACUUGGUGUGUGUGUGUGUUGUUGUACCUUCUCAAGCGGUUUGAAUGAAAUUGCAUACUUUUAUCAACGCCUGCGUCUGGGGUGUGCGUGGCUCAACCCCUCAGAUCCAGACGUUGAGAAGAUUGCUCAUUUUAGUUCAAAGAUAGAAAGAAGGAACCUAGUGAGAGGAAGCUCCCGAGAACGGUCCAGAUUUGGGAAGGCUCCAGCGCGUACAAAUCUGGACAAGCUUCGCGAGCCUUUUCGCACUAGGUUCCGCCUAUUUACGACUGAAAGUGCGUCUUUUUGUUUCUCAACCUUUGAACUUUGAGGGUUAGGACACACCUGAGGCGCGGACGUUGCGAAAAAGAUGCUACGAACUUAAUUCACUCCUCGAGCCUCUCCAGCAUUAGAAUCCAAUCCGUCACCUGGUGCGUGCUCCAGUCGGGCCUGAUACCCUUGGCGCAGCUCUUGGGCGAAUCUGCUGAAGGGCUCUGAGAGCUGACAGGCGGCGGCGGCUGCUGGCUCUCUGGCUGAGUGCCUUCACGGUUUGCAGCGCGGCGGCCACUCUUGCCCCCAGCCCCCGUUUCGCCGGGUGUUGGUGCCUAUUUUGCGCUGCUUUGGUGGAUUGCUCCCAGGAGCCGCGUGCCGCUUCCUUGGCGUCAGAGUGCAAACGGCGGGUCUUUGGCGUCCGCGCUCUUGGAUUGGUUUGUGUCGCUUUUGGUGGUUUUGGUUGGCUUUUCUUUGGGGUUCGCGCGCCACGCCUGUGCCCUCGCUAUAAGUACGGCGCUCGGCCCUCGUUGUGGCUUGAUGCCAGCCAAGCGGUGAAGUCUCAACAUGAAAAAAAACUUUUAAUCUCGUUUUUGCGAAUGAGUACAGUUUUUAUCUCUAUAAUCGUUGCAGAUGGCGUGGCUUCAAUACAUAGACAAAAAUUUUGGUGGUUUUAGUAACGUGAACUGUACUUUACAGAUUCAAUUGACCUCUACCCAUUAAUAAAGUUUCUAUCGCUCUAAUAGCUAUUUUUUCAUGGCCUCAUUCAACAUGCUUUUACUUGAAAUCAAAACUUAUGAUCUUCUACUUCUCCAAGACUCUUCAUCUGCUUUCUUCACACCAGAACCAAAGAAAUCGAGGAAGCGGCAGCAGCUGGUGUUGCGAACGCGGAGGCAGAGGCAGCUAAGAUGCGUGAAGCUCAUGCUGAACUCGAAAAGCGUAGUCGCGAACUCGAAGAAGCGAAUUUUAAAUUACUUCAGCAUACGGAGAAGCAGCAGAAGGAGUACUUCGUCACUAACCAGUAGGUUUUCGUUUUCUUCUAAAAAGGUAGAAUUGAUGUUGAUCAUGAGUUGUAUUUCUCUCUGUUGUUGUUGUAUGUUAACGACAAUCUCGUCGUGAAAACUAUCUUCUUUGGCUAGAAAUCAUCUUACUCCUCGUCCUCGUGCUACUAAGUACAUCUCAUUCUCAGCUUGUCGAAGCUAAUGGACACGCAUCACCAGACGAAGGAGGCCCUGUUGCAUUUGAAAGCGGACAAGGUUCGAAUGGAGAAUGCUCUGGCCGAUGCGAGACAAAGAAUCACAGAAAUGGCUGAUAUCGGGAAGCGUUUUGCCGCCUUCAACCCUGCGCCGAAGACCCCGGAAGUUGCCUCCGGAAGCCACUGUUUGACUACAACCUCUACGGGGAACAGGGUCUUCCUGGAACCUCUGCGCGGUCUCCAACAAACUGGAGGUGGAGUUAUGUCGGACCAAGAACCAGACGUGUCGCCCGUUAGCGGGUACUCUAAAUGGGCGAAAUAUUACGGCAUUCCCGACGGGAAGACAAAGUCAGGUACUACAAUGUUGAAGAUUUUUGCCGUAAUAUCAUUUGAAACUUAAACGAUGUGCUUUGGAUUUUACUUCAUAGCUGAGGCUAAGACUACCUAGUGAAGUUUUACCUUUUCGUAGGUUGAGCUUGAGUGCGAGCGGCGGGUGUACUUACUUUUGUAGUCUACUUACAAUUAGAUUCUGCGCAUGUGGUGAUUAAUAUACUUGCGAGGUGGUGAGACCGGGAGUCGUCCGCUGAAGCAGAGUUUUGUUGAGGCUUUGUGCGAAAGCUUUGGUUGUGUUGUGCGCGGAUGGCGGCAGCUGAAUGCCUACUCGGAAACUAGUGAGAGUCUGACGCUCGAGGAGUUCUCGCACGCGUGCCGAGAACUGGGCUUGGUGUCUGCUUCCAAUGUGAAAAUGACGUUCCGCGACGUCGUGGGAAGUUUCACUGCCAAGCUGCGUUUGCAGGACCUGGAUCAGGAGGGGUACCGGAUUCUGGCGAGUUUGCGUCUGCGGUUGCAAGACAUUUUCCAUUCCCCAGAGAACGGGAUCCGUCAGAUGUUCGGUCCAAAGGAGUCUCUUCCCGCAGAGGACUUUGUGCACUGCGUGGAGCACAUCAAAGUGCCGAAAGCCCGACGCUUGAUGAAGUUUCUUCAGAUGGGUGGCCGAGUUUACGCCGAUGCGUGUCUGACGGCGGAAGAGUGCAUUUCCUACCAAGCGCAGUACGGCACGUUGCCCGCAGAAGCAUUGGUUGGUGGGCUAGCGCGCUGUUUGGACCCAGCCGCACUGCCAGGUAGAGGAGGCGGCGCUACCUCUAACGGAGGUGCGUCUGGCACAGUUCCUGGGCGAGCGUCGUAUAUGUCGCCGCAGAAAAAGUUCGUGAUGCAGGACUACGACGCCGUUGAUGGCGCUUCGCCAACUUCUUUGGAAGAAGGUGGAAGCGGCGUACGCAGGACCUCGCGCAGCAUGAUGCAAAGUAGUGGAGGGACGCAGCGCAUGUCUUCUAGUGACAAUAAUUUGAAUGGUGCGCCGUUAUCGACGCCGGCACCCGCGCAGCAGGACGCAAAUCGGAUGCUUGAGCAGCUGAAGCGGGUGCUGGUGACGAAAUACCGGUCGCUUAGUGGGGCAUGGCGACAGGCCUUCGACGCGCAAGGCAGAGGCCAUUGUGGCUCGCAGGAAUUCGGCAAAGUGUGUCGCGCGCUUGGUUUUGAAGGGGCAAACACGGUCUGGCGUGAAGUGAUCCAGAUGCAGGGAAAGGGACUCAUGACUUUCGCAGACUUGGAUCCAGCGGGCGCAAGACUUGUGGCAACCUUCCGAGCGCGACUCGUUGACAAGUAUUUUUGUUUUAACCAGAACUACAUGAUCAUGAUCUGGGCAAUUCACCAUGACCAUGUUCUUGACAGAGACAGCUCUAAGUGUCGUGGCUCUUCUUGACACAAGGGAUACUUGCAACUACUUACUGCUCGCUGUCAUUUUUACUCCAGCAAUCUCCCUCCGCUACCACAGAUACCGUGACCUCGUGACCGCGUGGUGCGUAGGCUUGGAUGUCGACGGAAGCAACCGGGUCACUAUCGAAGAGUUUGUAGGGCAUUUAACGGACCAGGAGGGCGAUUUUCAGCCCGCCUAUUCAGAGGCUGAAUCAAGACAACUUUUCAAACUGAUGCACGUCGAUGGCAAGAAAUAUCUGCGGCUCCACGACAUAGAUGUCAAGGCUGGUGAGCGUCUUCUCAAUGGGCACUUGCCGCCGUACAUUGAGCGAAUGAAGAUGGAGAAGCGACAGCGUGUAAACCUCAGGGCGGCAAGCCGAGAGCGAACGUCUGCAUUUCUAGAAAGGCAAAAGGGUCAUGAGGUAAAAAAAACACUUUUCAGAGACAGGUUUACCUUGGUGGAUAAUGCAAGCCUGUGUUCCUUCAAUGCUGGUCGUGCAGGUGGUAAGUAGCAAUGAUCAGAUUAUGUAUCAACUUCUACCUCAGCUGUUGACAUAUUUUUGGUUUUUGUAUUUUCUUUUUCUGUCGCCUCGCCUAGCUCAGCUGCACCUCCUGCUCCGCUUCGCCAGAUACAAAAUUUGCGUGCGGAGAUUGCGCAACGUCACAGAGCGGAAUUGUCUGAGAAAGAUGAGCGUCGACGAAGCUUCGAUAUGGGCGCAGCAAACAAGGAAGAGUUCCUGUCCUUCCUUCGGCGAAAAUGGGGAAAUAUUCCACGAGCAUGGCGAUCUACCUUCGAUCGUGACGGGAAUGGAAAGGUAGCAGAAAGCUGCUUCUACAAAGUGAAAGUAGAAGAAUUUCAUCCAAGUCCAGCUACUCGUCAUCUAUAAUGCUGGGUCAAAGUUUCCAAUUCGAAUCAUUAUGCUAGAAUCUCCAUCCCCUGGCAACGUCUCUCAAUUUUUUCACUCGAAUAUACUUCCAGGUGUCCCAGCAGGAGUUUUUUUCGACGUGUCGGGAGUUGAAGGCGUUUAUUGGCGACAUCGGCAAGUUGUUUGCCGAGCUUGACGGAGAUGGCUCCGGAUUGCUUUCCCUUGCGGAAUUAGAUCCCUCUGCCUGGAGAGUUCUAGAGUCUUUUGAGGAAGGCUGUCUGGAUGCAGUGAAAGCGGCUACCGGAAACGCCUCAUCACCUGGCGCAUCGUCCAACGGGUCAACAGCGUCCGGACCUGCCGGAAAGUGGUGGUCGGUUUUUUUUCUGGAUCAGAACAUCCACGAAAGACAUAUUCACUUGCGAUCGUUGGAGAACUCGGCGGUGACAGCGACGAUCUUAAAGAUCGACUUCGCGAAAUUUUUGGAUAUCUGCCAAAAACGAAUCGUCAUGGCCCCAACAUUGUCCUCGUCGUCCGCGUUCUCGUCACCGGCACAAGAGGAAGAGGCGCCUUCUUUACAAGAGGGAGGACAGACUUUGUCGGAGAACCAAGCGCGCAGACUGUUCAAGUACUUUGCCAAGGAGGACGGCAGCGGCUUCUUGACAGAGCAGGACUUCGAAGCUCUGGAUAUCCCGAAAAUGCGCGAGAAGAAGCGCCUCGCAGCAACGGCGCUAGCGAAUGCUGGUGUGAGUCGGAGCCGACGUGGCAGCGCGUCCUCCCGCCAUAAUGAGGGAAAAGGCGGCGGAGCGGCAGGCGCGCCCAGUUUGCCUGGAGGCGCAUCGUCGCGCAGCGCCAUGUCGGGCUUGUCCUCCGCGAAUCGUGCGCGGAGCGACAUUAGCGUGCCGCAAUCAGCUUCCGACAGCAGUGCCAUUCCUCUCAGCGCAUCCGACAACAGUUGCAGCGCGGUGGAACGAGGAGCUUCUGGAGACGGCGUUGUAGAAAACAAAGCAGCAAUCGAGCCAGCAGAAGCAGGGGAGCACGCGGCGAUCACAAGCAAGCCAAGUGACGAACAAGUUGCAGUAGGGAAGGAAAAGGACAGCGAAGAGGAGUCAAGAACAGAAGCCCCAUCGUCGAGCGCUAGUGCGAGUGGUGACGAGGAGGAGGAUAUGGACAGCGUUAAUAAGCGAAUAGGGGGGGCAGAAACAACGUCUUCAUCUUCGGCUGAGGAGGCAGAAGAUAGCAACGUGGCUCCCCUUGCUUUCGGUGCUGUCGAUUCCGCUUCCCGGGUAGUCGAAGCAGAAGACACCGUUGAAAAAAAAAGCCCCGCUCCUCUGAGUGACUCGAUUCCACCUGCUAUUCCAUCUGCUCCUGCAGCAGCGCCAGAGGAUCUCCACGUUGCCGCGCCUUCUACCGCUGAAAGCCAGCCUGUUGAGGAUCCCACGAAUGGCAACUUUUCGCAAUCUGGUCCGAUUACCGAUGUUGACGAUUUUUGUGCUGUCUUCGUUGACUUCUUCGAAGGCGACUGCUCUAGGGCAUGGUCUGGAACAUUCGGGGAAGACUGCGAAGAAGUGCGCUUCGUCGAUUUCUGCAAGGGCGUUCGAAAAUUGAAAUUCCAGGGCAAUUUGAAAACACUCUGGGCUAAGAUGGGUGGUUCCGACGUCCUCUGUCCCGAUGACUUGGAGGAAAAACUCUUCUUCUAAAAAGAAGCUUCCACGUUGUCGAUUGGCGUAGUGAAGAAGAACAUACGUGUUAGUUACUCAUACAACCUACAGGUUUUUCGAUGGUAGCAAACUAAAUCUCCAAAACUAGAGUAUACUAGAAUGAAGAUAUAAUGAAUCGAGAAAGAAAUGAGCAGAGGAUGAGGAAUAGGAACCAUUGGGCCUAUUAAGUAACCGCAACAUAGAAAAUGAAACGAGCAGGUAUGCUGGAAAGAAAAAUUCACGAACGUCUCCCGUGGUUGCAAAAAAAAAUACCGCAGAUGCUAAGUAGAGAAAUAUCAUAUCUUUUUAUCCAAUACUAGUACUACUAUCCUUACAUCUGUUUCAUCAUCUUCGUCAUGAGUUUUAAAAUGAAAGCUUGGCUUUCGUCACAACAUAAUCCACAUAUUGAUUUCAUCUCCAUUCCAACCUUUCCUCUUCGAUAGAAACGGGCUGUUCGUUUGUUCUCCGAUUGUGAUUCUCUUCAAUCAAUCUCUCCAUUUAUUCCGAUUUGCAUUUGACAUCCUUGUUGUUGAUCUCAUCUGUAAUGGGUCUGCAUCAACUUUAUGAGCCCAUACUUUAUUAUUCCACCACCUCCCCCUACUCCCACAAACGAAUGCACAUAAGCGUCCAACAGCAAAGCGAAAACAGCAACAAAGAUAUUCUUACCCCUCGCCUUAUGUCUAGUAUGACCAUCAGGAGCAGCAUAUUUAUUAAAUUAUGAACAAUUGCAGCACCAAUUGUUAUUUUGUUCCUUCGAAAAUUACGAAGAACAAUUUUAUCAUGUUCAUCAGCAGGUAUAGAUAUUAACUAGAUACGAUCCACAGUCAACACAAUUGUUUCUGCGCAUAUAUGUUGAUAAUGUUCUUUAUGAUAGGCAUGACAAUAUCAUAGGUCUGAUCCAAUUUUUAUUCCCGUCAGGAUUGAAGGUGAAGGAGGAAUAAAGCGAAGCCAGAAAGGCUUUUCUAAAAUACUACCCAAGUAGGAUGCAAAAGGACUGAGUGCAAAAACAGAGAUUUCACUGUGCCCCGUCGUGCUCAUGUUGAAACAUCGAUUUCCAACAUAUUUAUAAAAUAUAUACUGCUGCAAAGAUAUCAAACGACCACCUGAACGAGAAAUUUAGCCCUCUUGCUUCCCCAAUUGCAACCUUUUAACAUACAUGCAGCAAAUACCCGACGCACCAGCGAUGUGCGACUGCAGCUCUUGUUCUGCAAAACUUGCAGUCAUUUUGUCUUGUAAAUAA